AUGGACGGUCUUUUAGACACGUCAUACGAUAUGGACAGGGUGGUGGUGGAGUUAAAGGACGUGGGGGGGCUCAAGCUGUACUUACCCCUCCUCACGCUCCCUCCACCAUCACCCCAGACCCUCCGCCCUCACUUCCAUCUGCUGAAAAAGCAUGUUUCCCUGGCGGGGAAGGGCACACACUGGGUGACGGCGCUGCAGCAGGCACAUGGGGUCUGCAUGGGCAUGCUGAGUGGUGGCUACUACCUUAACCUCACCCUAAUGCCCAAGGAGGAGAGUAGUAGCCACCAUCUGUUUGAUACCCAGGUGGCCCGUGUGUACGCUCUCCGCAGUAUUCAGCAGGCGAGGGAGGCUUUUGUGGCAAGGUUCACCUCCCUCGCCGGGCCCGACCUCAUCAAGGAGACAGUAAAAAAGAACCUCCUGUCCAACCCCAGCAAGCUCCAGAUCCUUGAACCGGACCAGAGGUUCUUUCUGGGCUUGCUGGGGAAGGCGGUAAGUGGGGUCCAGCUGGACGACAGCUGCAGGUGGAUCUGGACUGUUAGCCGCUUCGGCCAGAAGAGGCAUGAUUACGACCCCCUGUGCCUCGACUCCAUUGCCGACUCACGCGCGGUGGAGGCAGUGAGCAUCCACAUGGCCUGCACCCUGGUUCCCAAGCCUUGGGCCAGGUUGCAGGUCCUCUGGUCCGCGUCUGGGUUGGCGAGCUGGGUCGGGGGCAGGGGGGAAAUGUUCCCGGCCCUCUCAGCCCCCUCCCGUCCAGACAAACCUGGACGGGAGGGGGCUGGAGUACAUUCAGCACUUUGCCGACAAUUUGUUCAAGUUUGGCUCCACCCUCCCGUCUGGCUUGUGGGUGGAGCAGGUCCGCAGGCUCCAGGAGCCCCUGCCAACUUAUUUUAUUUUCUCUAUUAUUUAUUUUUAUAAGGAUGGAAUUUGAUAACAUUGCCAGUGAAAACACUCAGGCCAUCAUUGACGCAGCCCUGCCUUUUAAUUACAAUAUUGAGCUCUUCCUCCGGAGUGAGGAAGAGCUCUACAUGCCAGUACACGCUGCCUUCCACCCAGAUCCCACCUCCCUGCAUCGCUCUUGGGAUAUUGAUGGGGUAGUUGUAGAGGUAACCAGAUUUGCCGCUUUAAAGGCACCCAUGCCCCACAUUUAUUUACCGACUUCUCACCAAAGCUAUCCAGCUAAGGCACAGUGGCCUUUUUUAAGAAAACAUCUUCCCCUCAGGGAGAUGUCAGCUGAGGUGCUGAAAGAAUGGAGGUGGAUGCAUGGGGUCAACCUGGGUACAGCCGAAGGGGGCUGGGUCAUGAGCCUUUCCCUUGUCCCAGCUGACAAGGUUGUCCAGACAAACCUGGACGGGAGGAGCCUCAAUGUUGGCAGGGGCCUGAUGGAGGUCGUUCGGGGUGAAGGUGUGGGGGACUCCACCCUGAACUUCCUCCAGCUAUACCUGGACACGCCACACACCCACUUGCCCAAAGUGUUCGUGCACCCGGUGAGUGGGUGUGUGGCGAUCUGCGGACUGUUCCACGCUAAACUGAAUAAGGCAAUGUACGGCCGGGGGCUGGAGUACAUUCAGCACUUUGCCGACAAUUUGUUCAAGUUUGGCUCCACCCUCCCGUCUGGCUUGUGGGUGGAGCAGGUCCGCAGGCUCCAGGGGCCCCUGCCAACUUAUUUUAAGCCUAGUGCUAAUUUCAAUGAAGAGAGGCUAUGGGAGGAGCUCGAGAACAAGCCCCUGCUCCUCCCAUAUGCACAUGUGCAGGGCAAGGGGCUAAUGACGGUGGUGCACGGGGUCAUGGGGCAUCUGCUCCAAACACUGAGGGAGGUGUAUGCGAACUCCAAAGGGGCAGGGGGCUUCCAGGCAGCCUGGACCGCAUUUCAGGCUGAGCUGGGCCUGGAGGAGAUGGUCUAUGGGAGACCACUCUCCAGGCCCAGUGACCAGCUCUCCCAGAUCCUGGGAACCUCCUCCAGCUGGCCCAAGAGCCUCAGCCACAUGAGGGGGUUCCUUGGACUGGAGGCCUGGAAUGUGGCCACUGCCAAGGUCUGCCCCCCACCCCUUGAAAACUGGACCAAAGAUGCGUCUACAUGUUCACAGAUCAGACGCAUCUUUGGUCUGGUGGAGGUCCUGAAGGCACCUCCCUCGGUCAUUGGUGCAGAGCUCUUUAAGAUUGCCCUCUCCAACCUCUUCAGGAAACCCCCAGAGGACCCCCCCUUGGCCGAGCUGCAGGCACAGGAAAAGCCAGAUUGGUAUAUCCUGGCAGGGGCCAUUGCUGUGGACAACCUAGUCGGCGCACUCUCAGAGGCAAAGGGAUUUGUCUUCCCGAUGGCUCUGGGCCGCACUACCGAGCUUGUCUGCAGCAAUGGCCUCGACGUUGCUGAGUGCGUCUCGGCUUACAGGAGUUUCCUCUGCGGUGGUUCCCAAAGGUCAAUGUCUGGCAGACCACUCACCCUCGUGCAACGUGGGAUCGCCGGUUGUUGGUUGAGAUAUUCACCGAUGGCCGGCAGCUGACCCCUGACACGAGGGUGGCGAUUAUGCUUCUGAGGGUCCUUGGUGAGCUCGAGAGGAGGGGGCUGUGCCAUGGCACCAAGCUGGCGCCGUUCAGGGAGACGGGAAUGCCUUGGCUUGCCAAGUGCAUGACCCGUCUCUCUGUGGCGACCAGAGAUACUGGUGUCUGGCUGACAGUCCUCACGUUCCUCUUGGCGGUUGGGCUGCUUGAAAACAACAAGUUUGUUGAUUGCAAACAGCUCAACCAGCUCAUCAAGGACAUUCCGCUCCCCGUCUCCAGGCUGCAGGAGCUGCUCCUGUUGUCAAAACACCUGCUGCUGAAGGGGAGCACGCCGUAUGUCUUGUGGAAGCUACACGAGACGAUACCUGUGCGUGUUCCCCCGAAGCAGCAGGGAGCAGCUCCUGCAGCCCCUGACCCCAAGAGGAGACGGGUUGAGCAGGAAGCAGGUCUGUCAGAGGGAGAGGGGGUCGGAGAGGUGCCCGAUGACCCCGUGCAGGAGCAAGACCUGGAGCCCGCCAGACCCAGGUACAUGCCGGCUAGCACGUAUGUGCGCUGGUCCGCGCAGGAGUUAUGUUUUAUCUCCCUAGACCGCGAGCUGAGCCACGGAAAGGCCUACAAGGGAUACCUGAAGGACUGCCUGGCCCAUAUGGUACCAGCCCGCCAGUUCAGUGCUUUUAAAAGGCGCAGGAUCUCCUUGCUGAGCGAUGUUAAAUAG